ACCAAAGUGAAGAAGCACCAUGUCAGGAAAAACACCCUAUUCCCGCGAUGAAACUGUAUCAGCCAUCAAAUCAUUCUAUGAAUUUCUCACCACACUUCCAGGUCUUUUGCCGUCAGCAAUCCAAGACGCACCGCCAAACGGCUGGCCUGAAAUCGACUCGAACACCUUGGCACCGCUGAAAAAGAACGAAGCCGUCAUCGACCUCCUCCGUCAUAUUCCAUACAUUGACAACAACAAUUCCAGAGGGACCGUUGAAAUCGCCUAUAAAACCUUGGCGCUUCAGUUCAACAGGCCAGCCAAAAAGAGACCUAUCGAUUUCAGCAAAUUAGAAGGCAGUUAUAUUCCUGUCGGCUGUGAGUUACCAGAACACGUGGUCGCGUUGACGAAGGGUGGCGAGUAUGGGAGUUGGCUGUUGCUCGAUACUCAAGAAGGCACUGUCACGGAUUAUAUCAUGAUGGAGCGCCCAGAGCGUGACUAUCCACCCCUGGAUGAUCCAGAAAAUUGGCGUGCAUAUCACACACUUCCCAUUGUGGAGUUUUUCGAGCUCUGGAAGGAGAAGUAUCGCUCCCUCGAAUGGGUUGUUCUUCCUGAAAAGGGGCAUGAGGAUGGGGUGUACAUUCAGCCAAGAAAAGAAAUAGACGAGAUUCGAGACAUCUAUCGUGCGCAUGGCUGGCCAUCUUCAUUUCGUUUUCAGGAAUGCAAGGAUAAAUUGUUGAAGCUGGAGGAGAAACGCCGGGAGGAAUUUUUGAAUCAGGUUCGAGGUCAAUAUUAUUCGCCUCCGGAAUAGGUGAAAUCAAGGAGCUCGAGAUGAAGUUCGGUGAUUUGAUGAGGGAGAAAGAUCCACUAACCGCUUCAAUAAAAUGACAAUGAUUCGUCUCAGAAACUUGAGAUCAUAUUUUCAAAACAGAGUAGGUAUCUUGUUUUGCAAAUCGAG